AGAGAGAGAGAGAUACAUGGAAGGGAGCAAGGGACCAUGAGCGAGUGGAGAAGAGAGAGAGAGAGAGGAGGCAGAAAGUGAGAGAACGUCAGAAGCCAGAGUGAGAGAGACAGAGAGAGAGAAGAGAGAGAGUGGGAGGAGAGAAGGGAGGGAGAGGAAACAGGAUGUCCGUGCGAGGCAUCACUGCUCUCCUGUGAGCCGUAGCGCUCACCUGUGCGCGGUCGCUUCCCUUCAGACAGGAGGCUUCACGGUACUUGCCCAGUGUGCGGUGGAUUACUAGCAGAGCAACGCGCUACUCACAGAGCGAGAGAGGGACUCAAACAACACAGUUGACUCCCUUGCGACUCUGUCAGACGUGGGAAAUCGUCCACUUUGGGUUUUUGCAGAUUGUGGAACAGACCGCUUAUUUCUCCAAUGGUCUUUGGCUUGAUUUUUGGGCACACUUUUGGCUGGUUUACAGGUUUCACUGAAGUCCUUGACUGUGUUCUGUCGUUUACGCUCUGGAUUUUCUGUUUCUCUCUAACUGACGAUUUGGAUCUUGUCUUGAGCAUGACCCUCCAGAGACUUGGCUACCCGCGGUGCAGACGGGACAUGCACGUUGUCAUCCUGCGCCGUUAAUUGCCACACACACACACACCCUCCCUCCCUCCCUCUCUCUCUCUCUCUCUCUCUCUCUCUCUCUCUCUCUCUCUCUCUCUCUCUCUCUCUCUCUCUCUCUGUCUCUGUCUCCUUCUCUUCCUCUUGAUCACAUUCACACAUGCAUAAACAACACACCCAUGGCAAUAACACACCCAUGGCAACGUGCACGCAGACACGUAGAAAUACAAAAAGGGAGAGAGACACCCAAGUGACAUAGACCUAUAUCAAGUGGGUACCAAAUGCCCAACAUUCGGUUGUUGGAGAAACUCAUUUAGAACGAAGAAUCUCAGCGGGGGGGGGGGGGGUUCGUCAUUAUUUUCACAUUAACAUUUCAGGCUGUCGGGUGCAAAGAAUUGAAUCAGCGGGAAAAAAAACACCACAUUGAGAAAGACACACAUUCAUAUUCUAAAAGAUGAGAGAAAUUCGCUUCAGUGGAUCUCUUGUAGGUUACCGAGGAAACGGCAGCGGGGUUGCUACUCAGCACGCGGCGAGGGUCGGGGGCUUCGGGGAGGGAGGGCGGCGACGCAUCCGAGAGGAGGAGCCCGUCACGGAGGAGCUGCCGCCGGCGCAGGAGGAAACUUUGGCUGCCGGAAAGAGGAGGUGGUGGAGGAAUGAGCGGGACAUCAGUGUGAAUUUCUAACGCUCGCCGCUGCUCCGGGACUGUUUGUUGUUCCCUGGGUUUUUUUCUCCUCACUAAUUAGAGCGAGGAUGGGAGAUGAACUAUGAGUGUCCUAGUUACCGCCGUGCCGCCUUCCCCUAGUCCCAUCUAAAGUGGCACUUUGGGGCCACGUCAAAUUCAGCACUUUUUCCGGAGAGGGACGGGACUGCACACUUCUUCCCUGAACCUUUACAACUUUCUUGCAGGGCACUUAAAAGCAUGCACAUUGACCAAUUUGUGAUGUAUCAAGAAUCGAACGGAUUUAGUCAAAGGAAUAGUGGUUGAGUUCCUCAUGAAUAUUCAUGUCACCUAAUACAAUUCUGGAGACCUUUUAAGAUGGAGAGCCCUGUUUGCAGGUGUCCUCAGAGUCAGGGCUGAAGACACAUUAUUAAUUCAUAGACAUAUUUGUGUGUUUAAUAUUUAACGGCAGCGAAUUGAUUUUAGAUCCUCUCCCAUCCAUCCGUGAGCGGUGGCAGGGGGGCGUGGGUGGUGUUUGGGGGUAUUUUUGGAAGCUGCACCAGCGCAAUAUAUUUGCACCGGCUUGGGCUUGGAACUGCAAUUUUUUUUUCCUCUUUCUUCUCAUUCGUCGCUUCGAAGAAGAUUAUUAGCACUGUUUCUGUGUUGCCAAUCAGCAAUAUCGUCACCGGGGACUGGUCAUGUGAUCAGCGACGGCACGGAGACACACACGUGUGUGUAAUCAAUCGCACAUGGUCACAAAGACACAGCUACACGGCCGCACAACCACCACCCCCUUUGCCGUGCUUGUGGAUACACACACACACACAGAUCGACCCCGGGGGAACCGCGCGACUCAGCUGUCGAAGACGAUGGAGCGCAGAGCUGAGGCGUGAGGCUGGUCGGUCUGCACACUGUCAGACGGCUGACUGUCUGUUACCGACUGUUAUGGUCUGAUACUGUCGGCCCAGUGGAAUAAAGCGUUCCUCACUGAUUGGAUCUCCAGUAGGAGGUCACUGGUUGCCCCUGAGACCUGCCCGGUCUGUACUGGACUCUACUGGAGUUGACAGAAGUAUCUAGGAGUCUGGACACAAAGUUACCCCAGCCAGCCUCGAUCACCGCGCCCGGCGGAAGAGCAUCGCCACAGGGAAGCAGCCCAGCAUGGAGAUCCCUCCCACCGCCCCCCCGCAACCCUUCCGACAACCCAGCUUCCUGAGCAGGAGGUUGAAGGGCUCCAUCAAGAGGGCCAAGAGUCAGCCCAAACUGGACCGCAGCAGCAGCUUCAGGCACAUGAUCCUCCCCCGCUUCCGCAGCGCUGACCAGGACAGGACCCGUCUGAUGCAGAGCUUCAAGGAGUCCCACUCCCAUGAGUCUCUGCUGUCCCCCAGCAGUGCGGCCGAGGCGCUGGACCUCACCCUGGACGAAGAUGCCAUCAUCAAGCCCGUCCACUCCAGCAUCCUGGGCCAGGAGUAUUGCUUUGAGGUCACCACAGCGUCGGGGACCAAGUGCUUUGCUUGUCGCUCGGCCGCCGAGAGAGACAAGUGGAUCGAGAACCUGCAGAGAGCUGUCAAACCCAACAAGGACAACAGCCGCCGCGUGGACAAUGUGCUCAAACUGUGGAUCAUCGAGGCCCGCGAGCUUCCAGCCAAGAAGCGCUACUACUGUGAACUGUGCCUGGACGACAUGCUGUACGCGCGCACCACCAGCAAGCCCCGCACCGACACCGUCUUCUGGGGGGAGCACUUUGAGUUCAACAACCUGCCCGCCGUCCGCAACCUUCGCCUUCACCUCUACAAGGAGACGGACAAAAAGAGACGCAAGGAGAAGAGCACAUACUUGGGCCUCGUCAGCAUCCCCAUCUCCAGCAUCACAGGGCGUCAGUUUGUGGAGCAGUGGUACCCCGUCAUCCAGCCCAGCGUCCUCACCAAGGGAGCGGGCGUGGGCGGGGGGAAGAUCAUCAACGCGUCGCUCCGCCUCAAGUCCCGCUACCAGACCAUGAGCAUCCUGCCCAUGGAGCUGUACAAAGAGUUCGCCGAGUACGUCACCAACAACUACCGCACGCUGUGCGCCGUGCUGGAGCCCGUGCUCAGCGUCAAGAGCAAAGAGGAGGUGGCGUGCGCACUGGUGCACAUCCUGCAGAGCACGGGGAAGGCUAAGGACUUCCUGUCAGACAUGGCGAUGUGUGAGGUGGACAGAUUCAUGGACCGAGAACACCUUAUCUUCAGAGAGAACACUCUGGCCACCAAAGCCAUAGAAGAGUACCUCAAGCUGAUUGGACACAAGUACCUCAAGGACGCUAUAGGCGAGUUCAUCAGAGCCUUGUACGAGUCAGAGGAGAACUGCGAGGUAGACCCCAUGCGGACCCCACCCUCGGUGCUCCCAGACCACCAAGCUAACCUACGCAUGUGCUGCGAACUGGCGCUGUGCAAGAUCAUCAACUCCCAUUGCGUGUUCCCCCGGGAGCUGAAGGAGGUGUUUGCGUCGUGGAGGGUACGUUGUGCCGAGCGGGGCCGGGAGGACAUCGCGGACCGCCUCAUCAGCGGCUCGCUCUUCCUGCGCUUCCUGUGUCCCGCGGUGAUGUCCCCGUCGCUCUUCAACCUGACACAGGAGUACCCCGACGAGCAGACCUCCCGCACCCUCACCCUCAUAGCCAAGGUGGUGCAGAACCUGGCCAACUUCUCCAAAUUCGGCACUAAAGAGGAGUACAUGUGCUUCAUGAAUGAGUUCCUGGAGAUGGAGUGGGGCUCCAUGCAGCAGUUCCAGUACGAGAUCUCCAAUUUGGACAGCGUGAGCAACGCGGGCAGCUUCGAGGGCUACAUCGACCUGGGCAGGGAGCUGUCCAUCCUCCACAGCCUGCUCUGGGAGGUCAUGGCCCAGCUCAGCAAGGUUAGCGGGACAACGGACGCCAUCAUCAAACUGGGCCCGCUGCCCCGCCUCCUGAAUGACAUCAGCAUGGCGCUGCGUAACCCCCACCUCCAGAGGCAGCCCAGCCACCAGGGCCCCGGCCGCCUGCAGGAGAAGCAGUCGGGCCGCCUGCUCUCCAGGCCCAGCUUCAACAGGGCCCCCUCCUCCGAGUUCCAGAGGUACGACAACUCUAUAGAUAUCACUCGCUUGCCUUCCCCCACCACUGGGGUACCCGGCGGGGGAGUCAUGCCCUCGCGCCCCCAGUUGAGUUUCCAGGAACGGGAGCACCUCCAGCGGGCCAACUCCAAAGAUGUUUUCUACGUGACGCGCCCCCCCCUGGCGCGCUCCAGCCCCGCCUACUGCAGCAGCUCUGACAUCACCGAUCCGGACCCCAAGGCCUCCAUCGGCGGCGGCAUGGGCAGCUUCGGCGGGCUGAGCAGCGGGGGCGGUGGUGGCCUGGGCUCGGGCCUCAGCAGCCAGCUCCGGGCCGGCGGGCGUCUGUCGGCCGGCUCUGGGGGCUCCAGCAUGUCUGGCGGCCUCCGGCUGAGCCAGAUGGGCGCCACCACCGACUCGCUGUCCCAGCAGCAGCAACAGCAGGCCGCCGCCAUGCGCUACCCGCUUUCCUUCCAGAACCCCCUCUUCCACCUGGCCACCGCGGACGGACCCCAGCAACAGCAGCAGCAGCAGCUCCACCACCAGCACAGCCGGGCCCAGCCCCCGCCGCCCCUGCUCCUGGCCCCCGACCCGGAGCCCUCCCACCAGUCCUACGUGCCCCAGUUCGCCCACGGAGGGUUCUCCCGGAGCGAGGACCUGUCCACCCUCAGGACCCGGGACGGGCACCUGAACCAGCCCAGCAUCAUCCACUCCCACAGCUACAGCGACGACUACACCCGUGCGGACCAGGGACGCAGGCAGCUCUCCAUGCACAUGCAGGAUAACAUCCCACCGCAACACAUGAUGGGCAUGGCGUCCCAGACGGGGACCUCCCACUCCUCCCUGGCCACACCCCCUUCCACAGUCCAGCCAGUGCGCCAGAGUUCCAUCGCCCCGCCUCCCGCCCAGCGUGUCAAAUCACAGACCUCGCAUCAGCUGUCUGUCAGCGCGGCGGCCACGCCCUCGGCGCCGGCCAAGACGCGGCCUCAGAGCGGGAACCUCCUCCAGUCCCCCGAGUCGGGCUACGCCGGGAGGCAGCCGGGUCCCAGGCAGCUGUCCGUCAAGGGCAGCACCCCACCGGGCCUGCCCCACCAACAGAGCUCAGUCCGGGAGAACCAGAGUCCGCAGGGAACCACCAAUCAGAGCAAUCAGCAGUCGCCACAGCAACCCCAGCAACAGCAUCUGCUGAAGCCCACCAUGAGCAAACAGGGUUCCCAGACUCCCUCCAGCCUCAACCCCCCCACCCCGGCCAACGAGCGGACGGUGGCCUGGGUGUCCAACAUGCCUCACCUCUCGGCGGACAUCCCGCUGAGCGCCCGGUCCGACCGCGAGGACUUCAAGCUGAAGGAGUACUCGAAGAGCAUGGACGAGUCUCGCAUGGAGAGGGUGAAGGAGUACGAGGAUGAGAUCCACUCGCUGAAGGAGCGCCUGGUGAUGUCCCACAAAAAGCUAGAGGAGUACGAGAGGAGGCUGCUGAGCCAGGAGCAGCAGACCAGUCAGAUCCUCCUGCAGUACCAGAACCGGCUGGACGACAGCGAGCGCCGGCUUAGGCAGCAGCAGCACGAGAAAGACUCCCAGAUUAAAGGGAUAAUCAGCAGGUAAAUGGAGGACCUUCACCACCACCAUCUCGCUGUUGUUGUUGUUGAUGUUGACGCUGUUGUUGCGAAGGAGGGAAAGUAAAAGAGACCUCAAAAGGCUUUUCCACUUCUGCUUGGGGCGGAUGAGUCAUUUUUCAUUUUGCCGGCACCAAUACCAUGAACCCCAUACCAUGUUGGUGAAGCACAUGACGUUUGACAUUUGAUACGCUGUCUGUGAAAGGCAUCAAUGCUUACAUCCAUGAUUUAACAAACUCAUACACCAAAUGAAGAAUAUGUUUUUGAGAAUGGUAUCUGCAUUAACAGAUUUAAGUGUGCCUGAUCAAGACUCUCUUUGUGGAUGGCCCUGGAAAUAACUGCAGAAAAAUGAAUGGUAGUCCGUUGGGCUACUACUACUUCUACUGCCACUACUACCAGAUCAUGUGGGGUAGUUGCUUUCUUCAUGGGCUUAUGCGCGAGUAAUCAAUUGUUUGAUUGACAAUGGACUAACCCACCGAGUCUUUUUGGGAAGGGAAGAAAAACACGGUUAAAUGGAUUUCAGUUUUACACCUGAAUGCGGUAAAAUGUGGAGACAAUCCUCCAUCAACACCACUUUGGUUUUUAUUAGUGUCAGCUGUUAUAAUAUUUCGAUGUCUGAACUGGAAUUUAAUGAGCACUUGCAUUGAAAUGUGAGGCGGCAGCUUACUUGUAGCGACACACUUCAUAGACUUUAUUGAGCCUCUACAAAAUGAAGUUGUUGACAGAGAAGGGGUAACAUAGGCCAUUGGGUGUUGCAUUGGGAUACUCUGGCAGCAAGGCAGAUUUUAUGGCUUUGCUGUAGCUGUUCUGUCUGAAACAUUUACAUGACUGACUCCUUGUUUUCUGCUUAAAAGUAGUGUACAGUAUGGUCUGCAAAGUGUAGAUAUGUUUGACAGAGAAUAUUACCACUUUAAAUCCACUCCAGGCGAGAAGAAAUGGAAAGACAGUGAACCCUGGUCUGCUUUAAUGGAAUAUACCCUAAAUUAUCCAAUACUUGUAAAUAACAACCAACCUUUGAACAACUUUCUAUAUCUUUGUUUAAACGCUCAGAGGGUAGGAAUGGACCUCUUUAUUUUUUUCUACAAAGAAAAUAUGUACCUUUUUUAACACAAUCUCUAGGGGAUUGCAGGCCACCACAGAAUCAACAUCGUAAUCUUCAACUCACUCACUUCUGGGAAAUUUUAAAGAAUCAAAGCACAAGAGGAAAGGCUAAGUUCAAGCUUAGUCAAACAGAGCUUUGGUCAUGGCUGACUCUGGAAUAGAAUUGCAUGACAGCAGCUCUUCCAUUUUAGCAUCCAUGUGAUUAAGCAUAAUGCUGUGUACUGAGGAAGUAUGGAUUACUUCUUUCUUUGCCUGAACUGAGCAUGAGCAAUGAUACCUCCUAAGGUGUACUCUCUCAAGAUCAAGACAGAAGUGCGGCUUGCACAAUAUUUGACGAAAGGCUCCGGUCCACACGUCUUUAGAGUUACCGGUUCCACAAAUCCAAUGUGUUUUGACCAAUCACAAUACUAUGUUAACAUAUAGAUUAAAAUUGCAUGCAUCAGUUAAAGGUUGGUAGGCAAUUUAUUUAAAAAAAAAAUUGUCAUGUUAGUUGAAAUUACAUAUUGACAGCAAUAAAUAAAUUAAAUGCUCUACAUCUUCGGCUGUCACAGGCCUGUAAUAAGCUUGUCCAUUCCCUUCGUUUGGGCUGAAUGAGAUGGUUUGAUGCCUUACCUGUCUGUCUUCCUACCCACAUGGCUACCUGCGUGCACUCUGCCUCUGCACUCUCAUUGUACUGAACCCCAAGAUUAGGCAGACAAAGUGCUAGCAGCAAGCUAGUCUCCUGUUUACAGAAAGUGAAACUCGGAUGAGUUUCUCAAAAUUGCCAUCCUACUUGACUCCACUCUGGACUUCUGGAUCUGGUUACUUUUAAACGUUUGGCUACCUAAAGUACAGAUAUGUAGGCUGCAGCAUUUAUCAAAUUAAUCAAGCCCAUAUCAAAGGUGCAGCCACUAUCUAAUGGACAGACGUAGUACCAAGAACAUGGAGGGCGCUGGGGCACAAUCAAACAGAUGACUUAGUGAUUGAGUAGGAGGGGGAGAGUGAGUUGAAGAGAAGGGUUAUAUUAAAGUUCCCUGUCACGGCAAUCUUUAUGCAUGACAUUUCUGAGAUUAUUUUUAUAAUGGAGUCACACUUAGACAGACACUCGAAAAAAUGUAAGCGUUGAUUAGUUUAAUUUGCCAGAACAAUUGGGGCAAGAGCUAUUAGUUCAACCAACAUUUUUCCAUGUCUAGAUUUAAACUUCAACUUUAUGCACAUAAUAUCUGGAAAUUAUCGACCUCCAGACGUGUUUAUAUGAACCGAACAACCAUAGGUCAAAUGUCAGAUUGGGAUGGCAAUGGACACCAAAUCCUUAUAAUUUUCUUCUUGGAAUUCUACAAAUGAUCAAAUGAGUGUACUGUUUACACUAACAGCAUGUGAUACUAAAUUAACCUUCAAUUCUAAAAGCUAAUUCCCUUCCAGUAUUAAAUGAACCCCAAACAUCCAUUGAUGUAAUGGGUUGAACUACACAUUAAAUCUUUGGAUAAAUAACUUUAAAGGACCCCUAUUUACAGGCUGGUGUGAUAAUCAACUAUAACAAGCCAUUUCAAUAUCACACGUGUGAUGUCACUCUAGAUUUGGAAAAAUAUUUGAAUGGUUAAUCAACAUAACACCUGGUGGUAAAAUAUGACCCCUAAAUAAUUCAGAAUUAGUGCUCGAGCCAAUGUGAACACUGCCAAAUGGCCAGGGCAUUAUUUAGUAUAAACCAAAGACAAAUAAGAUCAUUAUAUGAAUCCACUUUACACUAGGCAUUUACAAACACACGCAUAUACACACACACACACACACACACACACACACACACACACACACACACACACACACACACACACACACACACACACACACACACACACACACACACACACACACACACACGCACGCACGCACGCA